UUAUCAUAUACAGGAUUUUUUUGUAAUUGAGAUGCAAUAUUUAAAAUAUUACUAAUUUGAUAACUGCAGCAAGAUCAUUGCAGAAUUCCGGGAGAAGUCAUGUUUUAUUGAGUCGUUCUUAAAUCCAACCCAACAUGCCACUUCCAAACCAACUCCCAAGUAAUUUUAGUGAUGCAAAACAAGAAAAAAUAGUUUUUAGGAAUCGAUAUGUUUUGGAUAAAAAAUUGGGUGCAGGAAAUUUCGGGACUGCUUACUUGAUUUUUGACAAUGAAGCACCAGGAGAUGAUAAUAAAAAAGUGUUAAAACAAAUAUGUGUUGGAACGAUAGACCCAGGAGAGACUGUGGACGCAAUGCAUGAAGCUAAACUAUUGUCUCGUUUGCAGCAUCGAAGUAUUGUCCAGUUUCAUGAAAGUUUUUUAGAUGGUCAGUUUUUUUGUAUUGUUACUGAAUUUUGCGAAGGUGGGGAUUUGGAUGUGAGGUUGCAAGAAUGUCGAAAACAGCAAUCUACGAUAAGUGAGGAACAAGUUGUCAAAUGGCUGAAGCAACUUCUUCAAGCAUUAGAGUAUAUGCAUGGUAGAAGAAUAUUACAUCGGGAUCUCAAAACUAAGAAUAUAUUUCUUAAAGGCAAUAAAGUCAAAGUAGGAGACUUUGGAAUAUCUCGCAUUCUUAUGGGAACUUCAGACAUGGCAAGCACUUUUGUUGGAACUCCUUAUUAUAUGAGUCCAGAAGUUCUGAAACACGAGCAUUACGAUGAAAAAUGUGAUAUUUGGUCCCUCGGAUGUGUUUUAUAUGAAAUGUGUUGCCUAAAACAUGCCUUUGAAGGAAAAAGUCUGAUGUCAGUAAUGUACAAAAUUGUCCAAGGUGACACACCAGAAUUGUCAAAAGCAUAUUCCCAAGCGCUUAAUAUCAUCUUGUGUAAAAUGUUAGCUAGGGAUGCUUCUCAACGUCAAACAGCAAAAGAAAUACUUGGUUAUAAUAUUUUUACAUCUUCAAAAUCCAAUCUUACACCAAAAGAGCGAAUGCGAUUAAAAAAGCAAAAAGCCGCAGAUGAACAAUUUCGAAAGCAUCAAGAGUUGGCGACAAGAAAUUUCAGGGAAAACGAAAGAAGACAUAAAGAAUCAUUGACUAAAAAUUUUCAUCACACUUCGGUAGAAGCAGCUAUGCAAAAUCGGAAAGAACCUGACAAUUUGCGCACAUUGUCUGAAGGUGACUCUUCUCCGAAUAAUGGUGUAUUUCAUGCAACUUCAAAAGGCCAAACUACGAAGGAUGAUAAUGAAGAUACUGGGACACUAGUUGUAGGGGGUAAAUUUAAUAAUCCGAAAAAAUUUUCAUCUAAAAUAAAAAGCAAGACUUUCAGUCCUUCUAAAAACUCCUCUAUGAAUGUAAAUAAGUCUUCAACAAUGCCAAGAGGUGGCAUAGAUGAGUUAAGAGUAUCUGAAGGUAACAAUCAGACUUUAACUAGCACUAGUGAAGAAUUACCAUUUGAUGGUGAAUCUACUGCCGAGUUAGCAGCAUCUUUGAUCAAGGAUGGUUAUAUUCCAGAGGAUGCUCUGCUAGCUGAAACUUAUUACUCACUCCAGGAAGAUUUCGAAUCUGAUCAAGAUUUUGAGAGUGAUCUUGAACUUCCUGACGAUCAUGUUCAUCUGAGUGACACAGAAUAUAAAGAGAUGUUGGAAUGCAUGGAAGAUGCUUUGGAUAUGGCAGGAUCAGUGACAACAGUCCCUCAUGCAAAAUCGAAAACUCUAUCAAAACCUAAAAUAAAUGGCAGUGAUCAGCUUACAUCAAAGUUAGAUAAUGCAAAAGAACCGCCUUCAGCAUUGGUGAAAAAUGUAAGGGAUACACAAAUCAACAACAUAAAGGAAUCUUGCAUUUAUUCAAUGGGUGAAGGGGUGUUUGAUGAAGCUUAUUCUUAUUUGCGAAGUGUUUGGUCGAAUCAUGUGUUGCCUGUAGCUGCGGAUUACAAGUCCGUCAUGACAAAACUGAACAAAAUAGUAAAUGAUGACAAUUUGUGUUUCAAGCUGGAGCAGCUUAUCUACCUGGAAAAUGAAAAAGAACAAGGUUUUUGAAGUUUACAAGCUGCGUCUAAAUUGUUACUAUAUUUUUGUUUUUUAUUAAAAUUAUUCCGAGUUUGAAUAAGAUUUCAGGGAGAUUGCAGAAUUUACUUAUAUUCAUAACUAUCAAAUAAGUAUUUUAAUUUGAUUGGUUGUUAUGCAGAGAAAUCAUGAAGGAAAUCAAAUUUGAUUUUAUAAAAUCUGGUAUAUGUGUGGUAUGGACAGUAUGGUAUGUUAUGAUUUUAUUUUUGCAAAUAGCAAUUUCAUUUGUUUUCGUUCUCCCAAAUUGUUUAAAUUCGAACUUCGUUUCAAGCAAAACUAUUUACAUUGGAAUUGAAAAUAUACAUUCUGAUAGCUAAUAGAAUUCUAUUUGUUGUGAAUCAUUCACUAACCAUGUGUAAACAAGGAUAUUCAAAUUUUUCAAUAUUCAAUUUUUUUUGUGAAGUCAUUAUCGUUCCUGUAAAAUUGAUAAAUAACUGGAUUCAUUCAGAAUAUUUUAAAUUGAAGAAUUCUAACAUAACAGCCAAACUAUUGUGACAAAGACAUCUGUAGUUAUAACCUGAGCUAGCAAAAUUACUUUUUGUACUCACAGUAUGGAAUAAAAUUGGGAUUAUUUUUGUAUGACUUGAACACUGAAAGUGUAUUUGUAAACUAUAUUGCCUUAAAAUAUAUAUAGUUUCCUGAUGCCUUUGUAUAUUUAUUUACCCAAUAUGUGCCUUCUUUCAAAGUAUCUGUGUAUAAGACCGAAAUACAGAUUUUUAUAAUUUACCUAUUAUUUUUUUUAUACUUUAUUUUAUCAUUGUCAUCUUUGCAACAUGCUCUCCAUAAGUCUCUUGUGUUGCUAGUAAUGGUGCUUAAGCUUGAACUAUCAAAUGUUUUAUUCCUAGCCAUAGUGAAUUUGCAACCUGUAUAAGGUUUAUUCUUACCCUAUGUCUUUAUAGCAUAUUUAUAUCAACUAUAUUGUGUGUUUUAUACUGUCGCGAUUGUAAAGCUGAUGAUUGAUAAUUUGUACAUAUUGGGUUUUCUUGAGACACUUCAGUAUUACAUGGGAGUGGGAGAGUAUUGUUAGAAUCAUUCAAUGUAAAUUCCUUGUCAAAAACUAGUAUCGAUUGUGUGUGAUAGUUGAAACUUGAUUCAGGCUGUGCUUCAUUUCUUUACCAUUCUUGGCAGGUCAGAUUUAAAAAACAUUUGACAAAUGGUGUUUUCUUUAGGUGUUGGCUUAUAUUGAUAGACAGUUAUCUGUGUGGGUAACACUGGCCUAAUGAAGUCACAUUUAAGCAAUAAUUAUCACUCUUAUCAAAUAACUGUCAUAAAUUUUGAAUGUAAUACCAAUUCCUGGAAAAAACAUUUUAUACGACAAAAAUACAAUUUAAAAACACUUGAAUCAGUCUUUUUAUGUUCAUAGUAUAAAAUCACGUUAUAUGUAUGUUCAAUUGAAAAUUAUAUAAAAUUAUUCCAACUGUCGAUAUCUUUCAUAAUAUUUCAUUUGCAUUAGACUCACACUGUAAUGAACAUUCAUGGCAGUCUGUGUUUUUUCUGUUUUACCGAUGAAAUAUCUGCUUAUUUGCAAAUUCGAUAUUUAAUUUUAGCCCUCACUGGUACGAAUUCAAAUAAAUAGUGAAAUAUAAUUAUUCACAGUAUUAUUAUAAUAUGUUUGAUGGUGACUUUUGUCUGUGCAAAAUGACAGAAAAGUGCAUAGCCCAGCGGUUCUCAAACUUUUUGUUUGUGCGGCACCAAAUUAUCAGGGAAAAAAACUCAUGGUGCAAUUACCUGGAAAAAGGUGCUUUUGAAUAAAAAUUCAAUUAUGUGAUCGUUAAUGUCAACUCUUCUUCCUCAUCUCUGCCUGAUUUUCGUUUGAAAUGCUAAAAAAAUCACACAUGUUCGCUGAACUCGGUUCAGCAGAUAAAUAAACUGCAUCUCGCGAAAUUGCAGCAAGUACUGUCCACCUCUAUUGUUACAUAGCAACAGUGGCAGGCACUUCAUUCCAGAAAUGAAUUUAUUGAAUAAUAGACACAGCAUUUACAAUAAGAAACAAUAAAACAUUCAUGCUAAACACAAUAUGAAACAUACCACAAUUUUGUUAAUUUUCGCGGUGCAAUUAGCAACUCGGCACACCGUUUAAGGAACCUCUGGCAUAGCCUAUAUGAGGACUUGACUAAAUGAUUUAACCUCAUCAUCUUCUCAUUUUGAUAGUAUUUGCCAUUUUGAACUUUAUUAGUUCCCCCUGUCUACAGGCUUGUCGACAUCUCUGUUCAGGAAAAGGCACGGUAGAACCAUCACAAUAAAUUUGGAAUUUCCAGAUAUAUUCUAUUUGGUACAAAUUUACAAACCUGUCAUCGCAAGAUUAAUACUAUUGCCUGUUUCAUCAACUUUUUAUUCCAAUAUUUUGUCCUUGAUUAUAUUAUUCUCUGCACUGUUUAUAAUAAUAUUAGUACGUACUGUAUAUUUUAAUGUGAUGUUCUUGUCAAAUUCAUUGUGAAGGUGAUUUUCUACUUUAUUUUAUCUCUGUAAAUUGAACUGAUAAUUGUUUCAUAAUUUCAUAUAUUAUUAUACAUAGAAUAAUAGUUUUUAUUUGUUUUGUAGA